ACAUACAUACAACAUUAAACAAACCCUCACGGAGCUUAAAAUCAUCGUUUUGCCGUUCUACUUACAGACACAUACACAAAAGCACAACCAUCAUGUCGAUGUCAGCGGCGCAGGCGAGGACAGCUCUUAAAGAGGUGAUGCAAUACGCGGAGGAGGGCAUCCACUACAAUGACGAGAGGGAGCUCCGACUACUCACGGAGAGAGUGUCGAGUUACUUCGAUGUCAGAGUGAACAUUCGUGCAAACAUCGCUGCGAACGGAGAGGAGUCGCUCAGAGCACGGAUGCUAUUGGCACGAUUCACUGAGGCGCAUGAUUUGCGUGUAGACAACACUGCUGAUAGCAGUGCAUACAGUUUGAGAAAAGUGGUUGGUUGGAUGUGCACAAAAGGGAUGUCCGAUGAAGGCGACGUGGAUAUGACAAAGCAGCAGAAGGGUGGAACAUACGUGCCAACCGAUUUCAAGCAGAUGCUGAUGACACAGGCGAAGAAAUGGAAAAUGGUGCAGAGUGUGGACGAUGAUGUCGUAUGUGGUACUCCAUUGUGGGAUGGAAUGUUCAUGGCAGCUUUGCAUCGCCUCAGCAUUGCGACUUCUGAGGUGGACAGAAAUAGGUCAAGGGAAGAAGGAUGGAAGUUGGUGGCCAGGGAAGCAAAUGUUGCACUUCAUGCAGCAGAUGGACACGCUUCAGCAGGCGAAGAAAUUGUGAGAACAGCCUCCAUCGUGCGUUCUCCAAUAAACACAAUGUCGACGGAGGAGGUAGAUGAAGAAGAUGUGUUCAAUGAGUGGACAAUGACAGAACAACAAUGGGAACGAGGGUUCGAAGACUCUUCUUUACCGAUCGAUUUCGAAUAUGAGAUCGAAGAAACAAGAGUGAUCAACAAUGAAAAAGAUGCGAGGGCGCCUGACAAUGAGGUGGAAGUGAGUGGCAGCGAUGUGAGCAGCGACGAGGAGGGUGAGGAAUAUGAUGCCUACUUGGAUAUGGAAGCAGGGGGAGGACAAGCGUCAAAAGGGUGGGCACAUGCGAUUCUAAGGUUGACACGUGUAUUCUCUAAUCCCAAUUUACUGUUGCGUGUCGUGCUGAAGGAAGCAACACCUGAGGGCGCACUAAUGGAAAAAGAUGGUCACGAAUGGGGAAGUCAUGGGGGCAAUCGGUCAAGAGGUAUGGUUGUAGAGGCUGGAAAGAGCGCCGAGAGGGUGGACGAGGAACACUUGUUCCCGUUCACGUGGACAUCAAGAAGACACGCCAUAGCGAUAACGAAACGGGACGUAUUGCGAUUGGGUGCAAAGCAGUGGCUGAACGACGACGUGAUCGAUAUGUACUUACAGUCCGUCUAUGAAGAACAUUUCCCUGCACAGGCCAACGCGACACUUCAUGUUUGCACAACUUUCUGGCAUCCCGCAGUCAUCGCCAAUCAGAAGGUUUAUGUUUCGAAAGCAAGAUGGCAGGAGCGGAUAAAAAGUAGACCUGCAAAGCUGCAUCGAUUAAGCAAUGAACUGCGAACGACAGUUGUUGUUCUCAUCCUUGUGAAUCACAAAAACCAUUGGAAAUUGCUCUUGCUACUCAAUGUCGGUCGGUUUUUGGCAGUCACGGAGGACAAUGAUGGCCAGAAACGACCUGUUGCAAUCGUCAUGGAUUCCUUUCAACAGAGCGGCCGACAGGAAUGGAAGGCGUUGCGCACGUUUUUGUGGUAUGAAUACCUCAACGAGGCAGACAAAGCAGGGGUGUUGACUACCGAGACCAUGAACACGUCGUGGGUGACAUGCAAAGAUCUACUUGGAUCUAACAUAGUAUAUGCGGAAUGUUCGCAACAGACCAAUACGUCAGACUGUGGUGUUUACGUUUGUUGCUUGGCAGCACAAUUGAUGCGAAAGCUAGCAAACGUGGCCAACGGAACGAACAUAACCGCAAAAUAUAUAACAGAAGUUGUUAGCGCGAUGGAGGUCAAGGAACGAACGGUCGAGAGAUUUCGUCACUCGAUGGUACAUCGCUUUGCGCAGUGCGCUGCAAUGACAAUAGGAUAUAACACCGGAGCAGCGUGUGACAUAGAAAAUGUCUUCAGAGAUCUCAUCGACGGAACACGGAGUGGAAGUUCGUAAUUACAAGGGCACGAUAGAAACCCGAUAUUGAAACACAAAGU